AUGUCAACUGCUAUCUACUAUUCUCCAUACAAUAAUAUGCAACAACAACAACAACAACAAUCUGGUCAACAAUCAAAUAUUACUUCUGCCGCUGUUUCUAACUCUGAUGAUUCAAUUAAACAUCCUUCAUCUCAUAAUACUUUGCCUUCUUUAGCACAAAUUAUUCCUCAAAACAAUAACAAUUCAGAUUCAACUUCUUCUCCAAAUAUCAAUCUUUACAAUAACUCAAUGUUUUAUCACAAUCAACAGCAACAACAACAACAACCACAGCAACAACCAGAACAGCUGCAACAUCAACAACAAUAUACUUCUAAUAACACUACUCCUACUAAUUCUACAUUUUCAAAUGACGAACAACAACAACAGCAGCAACAACAACAUCCUUCUCCUACUUCAACAAGUAUAUCAUCUUCUAGUAACUCCAAUAACCAGUCCAACCAAUCAAACAAAUGUAUUUGUAAAUCAAAAAUUAACAAGAUUCCAAGACCAAGAAAUGCUUUCAUAUUAUUCAGACAAAAAUACCAUCAAACUGUAUUGGAUGAAGGUACAAUAAUUAGAACUAAUCCUGAAGUUUCUCGAGAAUUAGGUAGAAGAUGGAGAAAUUUAUCUCCAAUUGAAAAAGAUCAUUGGAAUAAUUUGGCUGAAGAAGAAAAGAAAAAUCAUGCUAAGAAAUAUCCUGGUUAUAGAUAUACCCCAAGAAGAAAUGGUAAGAAUAAAAAUUGUCCUGUUUGUAAAGAUAAAGUCAACACUACUACCAAUAAUCCUGUCACCAAUACUUCAAAUUUGAAAAAUACUGCUACUAUUAAAAGUGCUAGUUUUAGUGGAGUCAGUAGUAAUAGUAGUACAUCAAAUAACAGUAAUGGUGAUUUAUCUAAUUUACACAAUGAUCAAUAUCAACAAUUUAUCCAGAAACAACAACAACAACAACCUAUUCAAAUACAAGCACAAAGUAUUAGUGCACAAUCUGCUAAUGGUAAUAAUAAUGGUCAAUUAUAUCCAACAGGAGCUAAUUUCCAAUCUUAUAUGAUUUCUCCAAGUCCUUAUCAACAACAGCAACAGAAUCAACAUACUCAAUUCAAUACUAAUGGGUCACAACCUAACUCUGCAAAUUCCCAACAAUUACAUUUCUACGAUGAUAAUAAUAACAAUGGAAAUAAAUUUUCUACAUCUUCUGCUCAACAUCAACAAGGAAGUAUACUACACCAUGGUGGUAGUAUUAGUGAACAAUCGAUAAUUGGAGGUAUUCCACCACAACAACAUCAAUUAGCUACUCCUACAUCACAUCCAGGUAUUCAUCCAAAUGGUAAUAAUUCACAACCACAAUUCUUAUUUAAUGGAAAUAAUUAUUCAACUUCAUUACCUAUUCAACAAUUAAAUAAUCAUCCUGCUGGAUCAGGUGAAUAUAGUAGUGGAGCCACCAAUAAUACAAAUAAUGGUUUUAUUAGUGGUACAAGUGGUUAUGAUUCAAGAUAUGUGUAUACUACAAAUGGUGGUAUAUUACAACAACAACAACAACCUGGUCAACAACAACAACAACAGCAACAAGCAGUUGUCAAUGGAGUUAUUCAACAUUAUGAUGGAUUCAAUGGUAAUAUUCAUCAACCUCCUCAAUAA